AAAAAUAAGGACACUUCGGAAAACGCAUUCAAUAAAGCAUUAGAUAAUUAUUUAAAAAAUGAUGCAAACAUCAUAGCUACAUCCGAACAUUAUACAAAUAUUCUUGUCAAGCAACUUUCAUUACCAUUAAAAUUCUACGAAUGGGUUCUUAUAAAUUUUGGUGUGGAUUCUCAAAUUACAGUGCGCUGCUUCGAAGAUAUUCUAGGGGUACGUGCUAGUAUCGAUUUACAACUCCAAGAAACUCCUAAUAUAGAGAUCCCUAUUGGAAUGAAUAAGCACAAAUUUCAUGCAACUUGUAAUAUUUUUAAAAUUUAUUGUAAUGCUAAGAACUUUUACAAACCAUCACAUUUAAAUAUAAUUUCGCAAUGUACCAGUACAGAAAUUCUAGCACCAUUAUUUAAACAUUAUUUACCAGCAUUAUUUAAUUUACAAAUUACUUUCGAAUUACCGAUGCAGAUUAUUGAGAUCAUAAAUAGUACAGAUAAUCAUUAUCAGAGUACAUUUUCAAAACUUAAUGCUAAAAUAAAUAGAGAUAGAUAUAUAUUAGAAGAGUGGAAUCAAACGUUACAUAAUGCAUAUUUGAACAAUAUAAACAAUUCAACAAAUGCAUUUCAAAAUUACCUUCGUGAAUUUAUAGAGCUUUGUUAA